GCUCUUGAGCCACAUCCCGCAAACUUGUGGAUGAAUGAGAUGACUUGGAAUCGCAGCACUUGUGGUUCGGGCCACUGAUUACGUUUCACGUGUUUUCCAAGUGUCAUGCUCGACAGCUCAUUGAAUGAACGGCUUCGGGUGAUUCUGCAAGAGCUCACGGCAGAGUUAGAGCGCCAAUCCGCCAACCUGCGGAGUUUAGAAGAAGAGCAUCGGCCUCCAGAUCCUCAACGUCAUGAAGAGCCACCGCAAACAUCUCCAACUUUAGAGCUUCCAAUAGAGGCACAAGAAUCUUUGAGACCUGAAGAGAAAACCGAUGGUCCGUCUUUCCCAAUCGCAUCCGCUCCCUCCUCUGCGAGGUCUGCAGCUUCCAAAGAAAGGAAGACUAUCACCUUCGAGCCAGAUGCUGCAUGGGAGGUUCGCGAGUACGAUGGAGGAGAAGCUCGAAAUGGACUGGGGACCCAGUCCGACUCCAACUGGACCAUGGACGGUCGGGGCCUCACCGAGUUCGAGGAGACCGUGGACCUGGGGGAGAAUGUCCGUCAAAUGCCCGUGGUGAAGGUGAAGCACGCCCGGCCACAAGUGGCCCUGAACGUGGAGCAGCAGAGGCGUUUGACGCUGCAGGCGAUGCGUGGAGAGAAGACUCGACAAUUCCAGGUCUCCCAAGUGUGGUACGUGAUCAAUCCGGAGAGCACUAAGUAUGCGACCUACUGGCAGUUCGUGACCUUUGCCGCGAUGAUCUUCGUGGCGUUCGUCACACCUGUCCAGGUGGGUCUUUUCCCCAUGCGCAUCGAUGGCCUGAUGAUUUUCAGCCUUUGCGUCGAUGCGGUCUUCUUGGCCGAUAUGGUGCUGCAGUUCUUCACGAUGUACCCGAAGAGAAGCGCACGAGGGAUUAUUUGGGAAGAUCGCUUGAAGAAGAUCACAAAACACUACUUGAAGACCUGGUUCUUCCUCGACUUCACUACUUUGAUCCCUUUUGACCUGAUCAGUCUGGCCUCUGGUGCAGAUAGCCUCAAGGAGUUCAAGGGCAUCAAGGUUGUGCGGGUUCUUCGACUCUUGAAGCUCAUGCGGAUCUUUCGCACCUCCAAACUGAUUCACAAGCUGGAGGUCACACUCCACAUACCAUAUCAACAAAUGGCGCUCAUCCGAUUUCUCCUGAUCUUGGUCUUGGUUUGCCACUGGAUGGCCUGCCUGUGGGCCAUGACCUUAAACUUGGCUGACAGUUACUAUCCCAAAUGGAUUGACAGCAUCGCCGAUGCGGACUUGGCCUUCGGCAUCGACACACGGACCUCCGAGAUCCGAAUCUAUAUCGCGGCCUUCUACUUUUGCAGCUACACCAUGACCUCGGUGGGAUAUGGCGACAUUGGCCCACAGAACAUUUUUGAGCGCGUCACUUGCACCGUCAUUGUACUGGUGGCGGGCCUUUGCUGGGCAUACAUCCUUGGAGAAGUUGGAGCCAUUGUGACAGAUAUGAAUGCAGAGAAGCAAAGUUUCCGCAAGAUGAUGAAUGGUCUCAACAAGAUGAUGCAGGAGCAAGGACUCCCUCAAGAGCUGCGGCGCCGCUUGCGGAGCUUCUUCUUGUCAAACAAGCACCAGGCGCAAUUUGUCUUUGGCGGACGGGCCAGCGAGGGAUCAGAAGCUGCUGACGACCAUGAGUCCGCAACUGCAAUCCGAAGUCUCGAUCACACUGAAUUGGCAGUGGCUGCUGAAAGUCCCCUUCUUCCGCGAAUUUAUCAAGGUGAUGGACAUCAAAGAGCAAAGUGGAAUCAAUACCGAUCCCUACCGAGCCUGUAUUGCUGACAUUGCGCACCACAUGGACUCCGUGGCAUAUGCUCAGCAGGAGAUGUUUGGAGAAUCUCAAGUGCUUUACAUCUUGUCAAAGGGCCUGGUUGUUUUGAACAGUCGGGUGGCCCUGGUGGGCUCCGUUUGGGGUGAAGACUUCGUCCUGGCGGAUCGAGAACUCAUCCGCCGGACCUCCGCCUACGCACUGACCUAUUUGGAGGUGCUUUGUUUGACGGGGGCCAAGUUCUUUGGUGUUGUAGAGCGGCGUGCAACCACAUGUCCACAGCUGAAGCUGAUCGUGCGGCACCAUUGCGUCCGGAUGGCUGCGCGCCGCGGGAUUUUGAUGCAGGCUUCCAAGUUGCGGCGUCUCAACUCCCCACCUGUGAGCUAUCGCAAAACCGGCAGCAAGGAAAGCCAGAUCAGCGCAUUCUCAGCCCAGUCGCAUGCCACUCCGCCGCAGGCUGCGCCACCAGAGACGGUUUGCCCUGUGCUGCCGCCGGUCCCAGGGACCAUGCCAGAAGACCUGGCCCCGCUGGCUCCACAAGAGGAGAAUCGACCGAUGAUCUCGGAAGGCGACCAAAAACGACAUGUGACAUGAGCCGACUGGAGGAUACAAAUUCCUCAGGAAAGCGGAUGUUCUUCAAAGAUCUUGAACGCGACUUAAGUGACCUUUGUCAGAUCCCUCAAGUUUUCUGA